AUGCGAUCUCUGCUACUUCUCGUCAGCUUAUUUGAAUUGUCAUUCGUAACAGCAGACGAGUACUAUGGUGUGUAUUUGGGGAAAUUGCGCAACGCAUCCUACGCACUAGAGGGUCACGUCUAUCUGGUAAACACUACACAUCUACAAAUCCAGGAUCUCAAUCUUAAACGAUUGAUUGAUCGGAACAGGCUGACUUUUGUCUUUCAAAACAGCAAAAUUCAAAAACAAGCAACGGAAGUGUAUGAGUACAAAAUUUCGAAUGACGGAGAUUGGCUUCGCCUGUACGAAAAAGAAUUACGUGAUGGUGUGAAUAACAGACGUUUGAUUGUGAAAAUACCAGGAAGUGCAUCGGAUUGGGACAUAUUUGGUAUAUGGAGUGAUACGGAGGUGGAGUUUGACGCAGAACUGCGAGAAAUUCCUAUAAGAAAUGGGCUUCUUCUCAAAGCUCUCAUAGGGUUAAGGUCUAGAUCUCGUCGGUCCCGAAAAUAUUCUCCAGCAAAGAAACGAAACACUUCUCAUCUUCCUCAUAGUUUGGUAGCAAUCAGUAUGGAACUUAACGCAUAG